GUGGUGCACGGGGAGGUGAUGUCGUUCCGCCACAGCGUGGAGAAGCUGGCGGAGCAGCAGCAGAGUAAAUACCUGGAUCUGUACACCAUCCUGCCCUCAGAGAUCUCCAUGCAGCUGGCAGAGGUCUCCCUGGCUCUGGGGGCCAUCGAGGACCAGGUGCUUUCGAGGGAGAGAGAGAUCCAGAAGACCCGGGAGAUAAAAGAGGAUUUCAGCUGCAGAAUCCACGACAUCUCAGAGAGGCUGAAGGCUGUCUCUGCUAAACUGAAGGACAAGUCUCCAGACGUGGAGCACGCCAAGGAGGAGGCUAAGAGUGUGGUGGAGGAGCUGGACUCCUGCGGGCGCUCCCUCUCUGAUCUGGAAUCAGCUGUUCAGGAUUUCGGGCGCAGGAACCCCCUUCUGGCCAAACAGCUGAGCGACAACAUCAGCAAACUGUCAGAAACCCACCGUCAGACGUCAAGACUCGCCGACUGCCGGCACAACUGGAUCAAGAAGGCUGUGUGUUAUCUGGACGAAUACAACGAGAUGCUGGAUUUCAUCGUGCGGUGGUCGGAGAAAUCCAGAAGUCUGGAGAGAGCCAACAUCAUCUGGAACUCCUCCGUUCACCUGCAGGAGCAGAUCCGCAUGUACCAGUCGGUGCUUCGAGAGUCCCGGGAGCUGCACGGAGACGUGGAGUCCAUGGCUGAGAAGGUGGAGCUGCUGUCGGAGGUCCUGCAGGUGGAGGCUCUGAGUCAGCAGGUGUGUGAUCUGAGUCGACUCAGUGAGGAGCUGCAGCAGAGCAUGAGGGGCCGGCUGGAGAGCCUGCAGGACGCGGACAAG